AUGGAUACAUUUCCGAACACGCAACAUUCGGGAUGUUUCUUCCACUAUACCCAGUGCUUGUAUCGUCGUAUUCAAGCACUGGGAUUAAGCACGUUUUACAAUAACGAUGAAGAAAUGCGCUCGUUGUGUAGACACUUGAUGGCUUUACUACUACUACCAGUUGAAGACGUUCAACGAGCUUUUGAAACACUUAGUGAAGAAGUUCCGGUGGAAUUGCAACCAUUAUUUGAAUAUUUCGAGGAUUGGUGGAUGAAGAAGGUACCGUUUCAUCUUUGGAAUGUAUCGAAUUUAAAAGUAAAAAUUACCAACAAUGUUGAAUAUGAGGCAUAA